CUUCCCCUCCUCAAGGUAUAAUAUCGUGUCAGACCGCACCACCACCACCACCACCCGCUUCGUUUCGUUUCGUCCCCUUUGCUGUUUCUGAUCCCCCUCUUCCCGCUCUCUCUCUCUCUCUCUCUCUCUGUCUCUCGUGCAUUUCCUCCAACAUCUUGGACAAACGUCCCCUCCCCAUUGUGUUUCCCCAUAUAAUAUGCCCGACACUAAACGUCCCUACCGUCCAUAAUCUCAUAUCCUAUUGGACCGACCGUCCGUCGUCGACGUCCAGACCAAACACCAAGCUCCCACCCUCCCCAAACCAAACACCUCCAAUUCACCGAUUCCGAAAGAGAAAAAAAAAAGGGCAGCCCGGUCAACGUCACUGAAAGUAAUAGAACCGAAUCGAGCAUAUCCCAGCAAACAUCAUCUAGUGUUUAAUUGGAAAGAGACUGCCAGGCAGACCCAGAAGCCCAUUCCUCUAGCAUAAUUGAACUACAUAAUCACGCCCAUAAACCCUCAGAAAAGAAGAAAUGGCUCGUCUAAGCGUCGUCCUCGCCCACGUCUUGUCCAUCACCGGAUCCGCCCUCGGUCGAGCCUCGCCCGCCUCUUCCUCCGCCGAACGGCAACACCUCUCGACGGCCGACUGCGCCCUCGUCGACGCGCCGGCGUCCCUGACUUGGCUCUUGCAAGAUCAACCCUUUGAGCAGGAGGACCCGUCCGCCUUCUUCUACGUCAACCAGGACAUUGACGCCUCCGGAAAUAAAGCCAACAGGGUCGCGCAGCUCGUCACCUUUGGCGGCGUCCAGGGCCAGGAGCCCACCGAGUGCAGGCUCCUCUUCUCCAUGCCCGAGGACUCCGAGAGCUGGGAGCUGAUCCAGCGCGAGGGCGUCACCGCCAUGCGCGUCUUCCGCGUCCCGUCCCACGAGGCCGACGACACCGUCCGCCGGAAGCAGAACCUCCUCACCACCCUCCACGUCCGCCCAGGUACCCAGUCCAUCGACCUCGGCCCGUGCGACGGCAGCGGCAGCUUCGUUUUUGAGCUGACCGACCGCGGCCGCAGCCGCGUCGCCUUCCGCCAGGCCUCCAAGCCCAAGGACGGCUUUGGCGUCUUCUUGGCCACCGGGUGCCCGGCCCCCAGGAGACCCGAGUCGGAAGACCUCUGA